UCAUCGUAGGUUCAGAUCUCAGAUAAGGCGGUCAGCUGGAGCUUUUUGGAGAAUUUAUCAACCGUUUGGGUGUUUAUUUUCAACUCUUUAGACUUAGUACAGGGCGAAACUAACUCCUGAAGGCAUUUUCUUCACUGGAAUUGUAUUUAAAAGUUGCAAAGCGGGACAAACCGGGGAAACUGUUACGAUUAGUCGGAUAAAGUUUAAAACAAAAUAAAGUCAAGAGGAAUUCUACUAACAACAAGAUGGAUGUUUCAGCCCAGACUCUCUAAAAAACUUCCAGAAAAUGUUGGACAAACGAGCUGUGGAUAUUCAUCUGGAGGAGGAAGCUGGAGGGAAAAACGUGAAGGAAGUGUUCUGCUCUCAGUAUCAGUGUGGCUCUCUGCUCGGCAGCGGGGGGUUCGGCUCGGUGUUUUCAGGACAGAGACUCUCUGAUGGACUUCAGGUUGCCAUCAAACAGAUCACCAGGGACAGAGUUCAGCAGUGGGCGAGACUGCCGGGCGUGGUCGGUCCCGUUCCCAUGGAGAUCGCUCUGCUGCAGCGACUGUCCGAGGUCGGGGGUCACAGCGGCGUGGUGCGCAUGCUGGACUGGUUCGAGGUGGAGGGGCGGGGCUUCCUGCUGGUGCUGGAGCGACCGCCUCAGUGUCAGGAUCUGUUCGACUUCAUCACGGAGAGAGGAGCGCUGCCCGAACGCCUCGCACUCCGGUUCUUCCGUCAGAUCGUGGAGGCGCUGCAGGUCGUUCACGCUCACGGCGUUGUGCACAGAGACAUCAAGGACGAGAACAUCGUGGUGGACACGAGGUCGCUCGAGGUCAAAAUCAUCGACUUUGGGUCAGGAGCGCCGCUCAAAGAGACGCCGUACAACGAGUUCGAAGGGACUCGGGUCUACAGUCCUCCCGAGUGGAUCGUGUCGCAGUCGUACGAGGCCGUCUCUCUCACCGUCUGGUCGCUGGGCGUGCUGCUCUUCGACAUGGUGUGCGGCGACAUCCCGUUCGAGCGAGACCAAGAGAUCGUCGGGGCCACGCCCAUUUUCACCAGACGGGUUUCUAAAGAAUGUCAGUCUCUGAUUCGCUGGUGUCUGUCCUACCGACCGGAGGAGCGCCCCUCCCUGGAGGAGAUCCUGACUCACCCCUGGAUGGAGGGAGGAGAGGAGGAGGAGGGAGGAGACCUGCAGGAGGACCACAGCUCUCUGCCGGCUCAGUCCCUGUGAUGCCGCAACCCUGACCAUGAACGGCUCUGGUCAGAAUAAAACCAACCCUGAGCUCGCAGGUCUCUGGACUCAGUCACUGUGACAGAACUGUGGACGGUCUGAGACAGGACUCUGGACUCUUUGGUGCACCACACUGGGAUGGUGUAGUGCUCUGCUCAGCCAGCAGGGCGGCGACACAAAAACCUCACACUGGAUUUAGAAAGGAUCAGCAGUGUUUUCAUGCUUGAACCUCGUUACCUAAAGCUUCACAGAGACGCAUCACAGAGGGAGGAGAGGCUGAAGUCCUCACUGAGGUCCUCAUACGUACACUGAUGAAUUCUUUAACGAGGUGAAAACACUGCUGUGAUCCUCUGACGGCCUCUGCUCUUAAGAAAACUAAUUUAUUUCUGCCUAAGUUUGUGGUCGAGCUGCAGUCGGCGGCUCUCUCUCUUUAUUUAUCUCUGUUGGUGGAAGAAGCAGCUUUGUUGCCAUGACAACGUGUUGUUGCUGUAUUUAUUGAGUAUUUAUUUUUGCUGAGGAUGUCGGCAGGUCGUUUCAUAUUUUUUUCUUUUUUUUUUCUUCCUUCCAGCUCCAUCAGAGAACUCUCGUUCUGGUUUUUGUUCUUCAAACACUAGUUUACAUUUUUGG